CCGUCUCGCCCCGCGCGUCGGCUUGCAACCCGAUGCCCGACUUCCAUGUGUACCCGCAGGCCUCCUGCCUCUCUAGGGAGUGCUCGCCCGACGUGAGCGUGGUCACGCCUUCCAUGCCCGCGCCCGCGCCCAUUGACCUCAACGCUACCCCGGUAGCCGGUGGCUCGUCAUCUGGAGGCGCGAGGAAACGCGCGCGGCAGACGCCGAUCGACGUGCUACCGGACGCCCACAACCUGUUCAACGGAAUGCCGACUGCCGACGACGAGGACUACAUGAAGAACCUCAUCUUCGAGGGCGAUGCACCGACCCCUGGCUACGAUCCCGACGAGACACAAAGCCAGGACGACCGCGGGGCGUUCACGCCGGUCGCUGGCUAUGAUCCCGAUCAGGCGGCCUUCAUGCGUGAUCAGGUCGGCAUGGCCUUGGACGGCUUCCCACUCGACCAAGAGUUCCCAGACGACUACGGUCAAGAGGAAGAGGACGAGUGCGACAUCGAAGUGGAGCCUUUGUUCGAGGACAAGCUCGCCAACCAAGCCGCCGGUCCUAAGCCGAAGCGCAAGAGCAAGCGCACGAAGGCAUACACGGCUGCCGAGGACAAGCUUCUUUGCGAGUGUUGGCGAGACAUUGGACAAGACCCAAGACGGGCGCCGAACAAAAGCAUUCAACCUCUUGGAUCCGUGUCCACCAGGAGUUUCAUGAGCGCAAGAAGUUUCCGCCUUACCAAAUUGUGAGCACGCGCGGGUGGGUGUCCAUUUCCAAGCGAUGGAGGGUCAUCCAACAAGAGUGCAGCAAGUUCUAUGCCACUCUUGAGAGCGUCAAGGCCCGCUCCGUGAGCGGCAUCGGCAUGCAAUACAUGGUAUGCUAGCAAGCCGCCCUCUUUUGUGUCAUAAAGUUCAUACUUGCGUGCUCAUUUGCAUAUCAUUUGCCCAUGCAACACAUUUUGUAGGCAUUUCAAGCUUUGGAGGCAUUCAAGGUCCAACACAAUGGCAAGUGCUUCAACCUUUCUCAUUGCUUUCAGGUCAUCAAGGCCGAGGAGAAGUUCAAGGCGUAAUAUGCCGCCCUCAAGUCGCGUGGGGGGAAGCAAGCCGUGGAGGAGAUCGGGGACGGCGAGCCGGCACGGCCACGGGGGAAGACCAACUCCAAGAAGGAGGAAAAGCGGGAUGCGGCAUCCAACGCCUUGAUCGCAAGCGUGGAGGGCAUGAUGAACAAGAAGGACUCUAGGGAGGAGGAGCGACGGCGUUUCAAAGAAGAGCAAAUGAACGCAUUCAUGGAGAUCCAAAGGAGGAGGCUUGAGAUGGGCGCGGAGAAGCAA